AUGUCCGAACUACCAGUCCAGAUUCUUCAAGCUGUGGACAAACACGGCAGUAUUCCUAAUACUUUGGAAUCUGAGGAAUUCAAAAAUGUCGACUCGGGCGCUCUACACGCCUCUUUGGCCUCCCUCUGGGCCAAGGAAAUGAUCACCUUCGACAAGAUCGAAAAGGAUAUUUGGGCUUUGACCAAGGAAGCCGAGGAGUUCUUGACUUCUGGUUCGCAUGAAAUCAGAUUGCUAGAUGAAGUUUUGAAGUCUUUGGACGGUCUUAAAAUCAGUGAUGUCAAUGCUAAACUAGGUGCAGUUGGAAAGUUGGGCCAGGGUAAGGCUUUCAAGAACGGCUGGGUCGCUAAGGAUGGCGAUAAGUUGGUUUCCAAGGUCGACAAGCGUCCUGAGGAUGUUGUUGUGGAGAACUUGAAGACCAUCAAGUCUACUGGCACGCUCGACGAUAAGAAGGAAUUGACCGAGCUCAAGAAGAGAAAGUUGGUUACUAUGACCAAGCAGAUCGGCUACAAGGUGUCCAAGGGCCCUAAGUUCUCUUUGACGAUUAAAUCAUACGAAACAGACAUUACCAGCGAUAUGAUCACCACUGGAUCAUGGAAAGAGGCCGAAUUCAAGCCUUACAACUUCAACUCGGAGGGCGUCUUCCCUGAUUCCGGUGCUUUGCACCCAUUGAUGAAGGUUAGAGAAGAGUUCAGACAAAUUUUCUUCUCCAUGGGUUUCACCGAAAUGCCUUCUAACCAGUACGUUGAGUCUGGUUUCUGGAACUUCGACACUUUGUUCGUUCCCCAGCAGCAUCCUGCUAGAGACUUGCAGGACACUUUCUACUUGAAGGACCCAAAGAACGCCAAGAGACCCGAGGAUGAGGACUACUUGAACAAGAUCAAGGCUGUGCAUCAAGACGGUGACUUUGGCUCCAUUGGUUACCGUUACCCAUGGAAGGAAGAGGAGUCGCUUAGGAUGGUUUUGAGAACCCACACCACUGCCAUUUCCUCUGCCAUGUUGAAGAAGUUGGCCGAGGACCCUAAGCCAACGAGAUUGUUCUCCAUCGACAGAGUUUUCCGUAACGAGGCCGUUGAUGCCACUCACUUGGCUGAGUUCCACCAGGUCGAAGGUGUGCUCGCAGGUUACGACGUCACGCUAGGAGACUUGAUUGGUUUCAUGGAAGAGUUCUUCAACAAGAUGGGUGUUGACGGUUUGAGAUUCAAGGCCGCCUACAACCCUUACACCGAGCCAUCUAUGGAGAUUUUCGCCUUCCACAAGGGUCUCGGCAAGUGGGUCGAGAUUGGUAACUCGGGUAUGUUCAGACCAGAGAUGUUGGAGCCUAUGGGCUUGCCUAAGAACUUGCGUGUGCUCGGUUGGGGUCUAUCGUUGGAGAGACCCACCAUGAUCAAGUAUGGUGUGUCGAACAUUAGAGAGUUGUUGGGCCACAAAGUGUCUUUGGACUUUAUAGAAACGAACCCAGCUGCCAGAUUAGACGAGGAUUUAGUGGGCUGA